UCUUUCAUCGUGUUUAGCUAGGGGUGGUGCGUCCGCAGAGCUAACACAGUAUUGUCAAGAUGGUGCAGCGGAAGAUCAAAGGAAAGAAGGGCAAGAAGAAGAUCGCAGCAGCCCCGCUGUCUGUGAAGAAGCCCGAACAGAAGAAAGUGACGAACCCGCUUUUUGAAAAGCGUCCUAGAAAUUUCAGCAUCGGCCAGGAUAUCCAGCCAAAGCGUGAUCUGACCCGGUUCGUGAAAUGGCCCAAGUAUGUGCGCAUUCAACGCCAGAGGGCAAUCCUGUACCAGCGCAUCAAGGUUCCACCUCCCAUCAACCAGUUCACUCAGUGCUUGGACAGGCAAACAGCUACCAACUUGUUCAAGCUCCUGGACAAGUACAAGCCAGAGUCAAAGGCAGCGAAGAAGCAGAGGCUGCUUCAACGGGCUGAGCAAAAGGCCAAGGGAAAGGAAGAUGUCCCCACCAAGCGUCUUCCUGUGGUUCGCCAGGGUACCAACACCGUGACUUCCCUGGUUGAGCAAAAGAAAGCCCAGCUUGUAGUUAUUGCUAAUGAUGUAGAUCCCAUUGAGCUGGUACUGUUUCUGCCAGCCCUGUGCCGGAAAAUGGGUGUUCCUUACUGCAUCGUGAAGAACAAGUCUCGACUGGGGCGUGUCGUUCGGCGCAAGACUUGUACCUGCUUGGCUCUGGCACAGACCAAUCCUGAGGAUCGCUCCAACCUCUCCAAGCUUGUGGAAGCCAUCAAGACCAACUUCAACGAGCGCUAUGAGGAGAUCCGGAAACACUGGGGCGGUGGUGUCAUGGGCAACAAGUCUGCUGCUCGUGUGGCCAAGCUUGAAAGGGCACGAGCUAAGGAGCUGGCCCAGAAGGUGGCCUAGCCAUCUUACUGUGUCAAAUAAAGUGGAUUUGCCCUCAGAA